AUGCAUUUCUUCUUGCAGGUCAUUGCGGAGAGCCUAUCUGAGGAAGAAAUUGCUGGCCUGAAAGAAAUGUUCAAGAUGAUGGACACAGACAACAGUGGUCAAAUUACUUUCGAAGAACUCAAAGCCGGAUUAAAGAAAGUUGGUGCUAAUCUUGAGGAGUCUGAAAUUUAUGAUCUAAUGCAAGCAGUAAGGGAUAAAUUCAGUGAUGUGGUUGGCAGCCCGUAUUAUGUUGCACCAGAAAUUCUAAGGAAGCGCUAUGGUCCUGAAGCAGAUGUAUGGAGUGCUGGAGUAAUCGUGUACAUUUUAUUAAGUGGAGUACCUCCUUUCUGGGCUGAAAGCGAGAAAGGAAUAUUUGAACAAGUUCUGCGUGGUGAUCUUGAUUUCUCCUCAGAUCCUUGGCCAAGUAUUUCAGAAGGUGCAAAAGACUUGGUGAGGAGAAUGCUUGUCCGAGACCCCAAAAGGCGACUAACUGCUCAUGAAGUUUUGUGUCACCCUUGGGUUCAAGUUGAUGGUGUGGCUCCAGACAAGCCUCUUGACUCUGCAGUUUUAAGUCGCCUGAAGCAAUUUUCUGCCAUGAACAAGCUCAAGAAAAUGGCUCUUAUAGUCAUUGCGGAGAGCCUAUCUGAGGAAGAAAUUGCUGGCCUGAAAGAAAUGUUCAAGAUGAUGGACACAGACAACAGUGGUCAAAUUACUUUCGAAGAACUCAAAGCCGGAUUAAAGAAAGUUGGUGCUAAUCUUGAGGAGUCUGAAAUUUAUGAUCUAAUGCAAGCAGCAGAUGUUGAUAACAGUGGAACAAUCGAUUAUGCGGAGUUCAUAGCUGCAACAGUGCAUCUAAACAAGGUUGAGAGAGAAGACCAUCUGUUUUCAGCUUUCUCCUACUUUGAUAAGGACGGAAGUGGUUAUAUCACCCCAGACGAACUUCAACAAGCCUGUGAGGAAUUUGGCAUAAAGGAAGCUCACCUAGAAGAAAUGAUUCGAGAAAUUGACCAGGACAAUGUAAGUUAUUCUUUUCCAUCAUUUACCAUUUUAUGA